AUGAUACAGCUUUAUCGAAUAAUUGCUGUUACGCUGUUGCUCCUGCUAACGUUAGUGGGGGCAGCUUUGAACGAAUCAUCGUCAGCAUCGGCAGCAUUGGAAGGACUUCCGUGGGGAACUGUGAAUUUGCUGGUCUUGACGGACGUUCAUUCUUGGAUUGCUGGACAUGAACGACACGAAUCCAAUAUGAAUGUAGACUAUGGGGAUGUUCUGAGCUUUGUGCAACGUCUGCACAAAUUUGUGGACUCACAACAAGAACAAGAUAUGGAUUUGUAUUUGGUCAUGAAUGGAGAUUUUAUGGAUGGAACCGGACUCAGCACGAGGCCACCAAGGUACUUGACUCCGUUGCUGAAACAAAUGCCCUUUGAUGUCAUAAACUUGGGGAACCAUGAACUGUACGAUAAUGCUACGAUCGACUUUAUCUUGGACGAGUUCAUUCCAGAUUGGAACGGGCACUAUUUGACGUCCAACACGCUCUAUGAACCAACUCGACAGACUCUGGGAAGUCAAUACUGCAUACUGAGAGGAAGGGCAUCCACAACCCUUACCUUUGGAUUUCUGUUCAAUUUUCAAGGGCAUUCCAAGAAUACGAUUGUGGAGAAUGUGCAAGAUGUGGUCCGACAGUCAUGGUUUCAGCAUGUACUUGUGAACGAAGAAUAUGACACGAUACUGGUCAUGGCACACAUGCAUGUGACAGACCCCUUGGUGCAAAUCAUUCUUGAUGCCAUACGAGAGCACACGAAUUGCUCGGUGGCAUUUGUGACGGGGCAUACGCAUCUAAGAAGGUACGAGGUCUUGGACGAGAAUUCUGUGAGUUUUGAAGCUGGCAGGUUUUUGGAUACCAUUGGCUUUAUGAGUUGGAAUCCUGCCGAUGCGGCUAUCGACUCGCCAUUAUCACCGGAAGAGAAAUUCCCGCAUUUGUUCAUUGACACCAGUCGAGAUAUAUUGACUGAAAUCUUGCAUGCCACUGACAACUCGACAAACAACCUUCCAACAAUGGAAGGAAUCCGUCUGACUGACAAAAUCCAUACAACCCAAGGUGACAUGGGUCUACUGAAAACGGUUGGUUGUUCGCCCCAUGUCUAUGAACUCGCAACUCCAAUCAACGAGAAGCUGUCCUUAUGGGGGCUGUAUAUUCAUCAAAUCAUUCCGGAGCGCCUGCUUCAGACACCGGGGAAAGUAUAUGUCGAAGGGACAGGAUCUUUGCGAUAUGACCUGAUGAAUGGCAAAAUUCUUAUUGACGAUGUGAUAUCCGUAUGUCCGUUCAAUCAAACCAUACUUGAGGUGGCGGUAGACGUUCCAGCUACAAAGCUACUUGAGGCUCUGGGUAUUGAAGUUCCUCCACAUUCGCACGGUGCACUCAAACCAAACUCCAUUUUGCCAGAAGGUAAACAACUGCCUACUUGGGCAAUUGCAACGACGUUGAACACUGGAAUUCUGGACUUGGAUCAACACUAUCGAGUGUUGACGCCUCUUUACUAUGCAGAUUACCUGAAAGGACGAAUCGCCAAUGUGACUGGUACGCCAGCGAUUGAUUCGAUCACAGUCAAAAAGGCAGACAAUCCUAAACUGAACGAAUCGACGACCGAUCUCUGGAAGGACUACAUAGAAGCAAACUGGAAGUGCAAAAAGUCAGAGUCGAUAUUGGAAAUAAUCGACCCCCCACCGCCACCACCAAUCGAAUCGGAUGAGCCGCCGCCAGAAGAAAGGCCACUGGUAGUGGCAUUUUUCAUUUGCUUUAUCGUGUUGGGCCUUUCGGCAUAUAAGAAGCGACGAAUGCAAUACUUUUCCUAUCAGUCGAUUCCAGACGCCAAGGCAACAGAAGCACUGUUUCGCAAAACGAGUCAAACUUCUGCUAUGUACCAGUAG